AUGAUUAAUGACCUGAGAGUGGCGAAUACGAACAUCUGGAUGUAUGUGGAUGACACCACCCUCGCUGAGUGUGUGGAAAAGAACGGAACCAGCUCGAUGCAGUCGCACGUUGAUGAAUUUGUUACAGAGUCUCGUGCUUAUGGUUUCCAGUUUUGUGAGCUUUGCUAUUUUAAGUUUAUUCUUCAUGGCUGGAUUGUUAAAAGCCGCUCUAUAGGAAGAAAAUUGCUUUUUCCACUUGUUGUAGGUAAAACUCCCUCGAUUGGUACCCGUACCAGUUGCCAUUUCUCAGCUAAGAGCUCGCACGGAUUAA